AUGGUAUGUAUAUUUCUGGAAUAUAGAAAUUGGUUAGUUUUAUACAUGACAGUGAGAAAUUUUAUUUGAUAUUAUUUAGACAACAUUAAUAUUGGCCGGUCUUGGUGUAGCUGGGGCAGCUUUUGCUGGUAUGUCGUAUUAAUGUAUUAAAUUAAUAAUAUUUCAUCAUUUGAUGACCAUAAUGUUGUGUCUUGUGGAUAAAGUGCAGCCUCGUACCCAUACCCUGGCUACGAGGUUGGAUAAUGUGCCCUUAUAGAUAAAAAAAUCUUUAAAAUCAAUGUGCUUGACAUUAAUUGGCCACAAAUAAUUCAAGGAAUGGUUGUUGAGCCUCAAAUGGAGGGGUUGACUAUCUCACACGAGUGUUCGUUGUGGGUGACAUCACACUGACCCUAAUCCACAACUAACAUUCAACCCAUCAAAUGGAGGAAUGAAUUAUUGAUCAUCAUGUUGCCACCAUUAGGCCAAAUAAAAAAAUACUUGGUUAGCGUCGCACUCUCACAGAACCUUAUAAUGUACCCAAUUCCACGCGCUCCUAUAGAUCAGUUUAUAGCACGAAGAUGUAAGCAUGAGAAAAAUUUCAAAUAUUAAACUGUUUUAAGCUGUAAAACGAAGAGAUUUACAUUAAAAAAAUUUUUUAAAAAUUCAGAGGCGGCAGAAAUCGAGAGGCGGGUGGUGACGCUAACCAAGUUUUUUUUUUAUUUGGCCUUAUUAAUACUGUACAUUUUCAUUUCAGUAUUAUCAACAAAUACAUUUUUAUCCCAGUAAUUUACAGAUUUGUUUGAUGAUUGCACAGGCUGUGUACAUUCCAUGCAAUAAAAUGAGUAUAACUGGAACGCUACCUUCUGAUUGAGCGCUCUUUGCAAGCAUGAAACGACUGGGACUGGCGUUCAAGUUGGAUUCAAAUUUCCAGUUGGAGGUAGCAUUCCAGGUAUAUUCAUUUCAAUGGUUUCAUGUAGGCUACAUGCUGAAGAUCUGAUGUAAUGCCUCUCUUAAUUUGGCAGCAAUGGACCAUUUGCAUUAUAGACUAAAUUUUGAUCUAGACAAGUCUAGACAAAAAUUUCAUCACAGCUUGAAAGGUCGAGCAUCACAAAAUUAGUAAUAUUCCAAAGUUUCGUUGCGAAAUGUUGUAAAAUGCGGAUAAUAUAGCCUUGCGAAGUUUGCCGUUUUUCAGUCAUUUUGUAUUACGCACGCAUCAAUUUCCCGUUUGUAAUACAAAAUGACUGAAAAUUGCAAAUUUCGCAAGGCUAUAUUAUCCGCAUUUUACAACAUUUCGCAAAGAAACUUUGGAAUAUUACUAAUUUUGUGAUGCUCUUUCAAGCUGUGAUGAAAUUUUUGUCUGUAUCAAAAUUUAGUCUAUAAUGCAAAUGGUCCAUUGUUCGUAUGCCAUACACUUGCAUGAACAUACAUCAACCCUCGAAAUUCAACUAUUUUUGCCUCGGCAAAUAAUUGCCGAAGCCUUUCGAUAAUUUUCGAGUUUGCCUCGGCAGUGCCUCGGCAAUUUUUUUUGCCGAGGCACGCAAUGAAAUCACCUUAAAUUCCUUCGGCAAUUGCUUCGGCACCCUUCAGCAUUCACGUCGGCAGUUGUAAUUAAAGUAAAGUACAUACGGAAAUUAUUGUAAACAAAUAUUAUAAUGAGCGUAGAUUCUGAGACUUCUGACGUUUGACAAUUUGUUGUUAUUUUACAAAUUCUUGAUUCAAAAUGUUUUUAAACCAAUUGUAUGAAAGAAUAAACUUGACGGUAAAAUCACGCGACAGUCUAAAAGAUAAAACAAAGUUUCUCGACGUACCGUCUUUAUUAAUGAAACCAUCAAGAUUGUUCUUUAUUUCAACCGAAGCCGACGCUGAAAAGCUCAAAUUUAAAUAUUUUGUAAAGUAGCUAUGAAAUCUUCUGUUGUUCACCUGACGUCGAUGACAACAAUUCAAACAAAGAAGUGAUACAAAAAACGAACACUGUAGUUUGUAUAUUUAAGAAGAAAAAAACGAACAGACACUGUCGUUUGUAGUUUAAGGGACAGCCGGUGGAAUUGCCUCGGCAUUUUUUUGCCGAGGCAAACUAUGAAAAAUCGUAACUUGCCUCGGCAUUUGCGUCGGCAAUUGCUGAGUGCCGAGGCGAAUUUCGAGGGUUGUUAACAUGUGUUACCAAAACCACAGAUGUUUUCUCUUGCCCCAAAUUAUGUGACACUGUCACAUUUUCAUGUCAAACUAUUAUUAUUAGCUAAUGUAACAACUGUUCGUCAUUAGGUAGGUUUGCAGUUCAAGCAUUGAAGAAAGUCAACUUUGCUGCAGCAUUUGACGCUAUCCCGAAGACUCUGCCAAAUGCAAAUGUAAGAAACUGUUUUACUAGUCUGAAAUCCAUGACCGCGGUCCAGUGUAGGUAAUAUGUGUGUCACAAUGAGCUGUUGUGGUUUGUGUCUGGACUACCUGAAAAUGACAAAGAGUGUUUGCUCGAAAAAUUGAAGAGUUUAAUUAUUACUUAGCAAAUUCAGAGAAGAGACUGGGCUAACAGCUAGUAAUUAUCAAACUCUUUUCAUUGAGAAGUAUGUACAGCUAACUAAAGAAACGUUUCUUAUUGCCACCAAACAGCAAUGUAAUGCAAGAAGCUGCGGAUUGAAAAAUACAUACUUGUAUUUUUGAUGUUUCAAGUGGAUGCCCUUCCACAGGAAUGACCCUUCUUCAUCAGUACUGACGAAGGGCCCUUGCUAUUGGACCAAUCCCCAAGUAACCAAAAUUUUGAUCUCAACAAGUCUAGACAAAAUUUCAUCUCAUCAUGAAAGAGCAUCACAAAAUUAGUAAUAUUCCAAAGUUUUGUUGCAAAAUGUUGUAACAUGCGGAUAAUAUAUAGCCUUGCAAAAUUUGCAAUUUGCAAUCAUUUUGUAUUACGAGCGGGAAACGGUUACCACUUUUCCAAAAUUUUGAUCUCAACUAGCCUAAACAAAAAUUUCAUCACAGCUUGAAAGAGCAUCACAAAAUUAGUAAUACUUGAAAGUUUUGUUGCGAAAUGUUGUAAAAUGCGGAUAAUAUAGCCUUGCAAACUUUGUAGUUUUCAGUCAUUUUGUAUUACGCACGGAAGUGGUAUAUCCAUUUCCCGUUUGUAAUCUAAAAUGACUGAAAAUUGCAAACUUCGCAAGGCUAUAUUAUCCGCAUGUUAUAACAUUUUGCAACGAAACUUUGGAAUAUUACUAAUUUUGUGAUGCUCUUUCAAGCUGUGAUGAAAUUUUUGUCUAGACUUGUUGAGUUCAAAAUGUUGGUUAAUUGGGGAAUGGUCCAUUGCUUUCAAUCCUUUUUUUAAGCAUCUCCAAAUCUUAAAGUUCACCCAUCUCAUUACAUUACGUAUCACCAUGUUUAUGUACAAAUAUCACUGACAACUUUUGCCUUCAAGUUUAAAUAAUCUCUUUACUCCUGUGUAUCAAAUACAUUAAUUUAUUAUAUAAACAUAAGUGUUAUUAAUAUAGAGUUUUUGGCCACUGAGAAAAAUCUUAUUUAAACACAAAAAAUACGAUAUUUUUACGUGUGAAAAUAUCAUUUGUUGUAAAACGUAUUGCCACGGACAUUUUAUUGCCACGGACAUUUCACUGAAUUUUGUUUAUAUAAUAAACAGAAAAAUACAUGGGUGCUUGGAAAUACCAGAUUUAUUUCUCGUGUUGAACAUGUAUAAUACUAGACUUUCAUCAAAUCUUUGUUUUUCUUUGCCGAGAAUAAGAACAAAUUUUGGAUUAUUAAUAAAAGAUAUCAGGGAGUGAAAGCAUGGAAUGUGCUGAGUGAAGCUGAUAAACAGAUACGACAUAUUUACAACUUAAGAGAAACAUUAAAGCUGCUUUUAUUACUGUAAUCAGUAUUCAUUUUUUUUAUCCCUAAAAAUGAUUGUCUUUUCAUUUCUCAUUUUUCUUUAUUCUUUAAAAAAUCGUAACUAUUGUAAGAUCAGUCUUACAAUUAUUGAUUAAUUGUGCUACUUGGCCCCCAGUCGUUUAGCCUUUUGGUUAUUUUGGGGUGUCAGCUCCUAUAUUUUAAAUAUAUAAGUAACAUUAAUAGAUAAAAAAAGGAAUAAUGUAAAACAAAAAAAUGUAAUUGUGUGAUUAUUAUGGAGCAAUAAAUUGUCUUGUCUUGUCUUGUCUUGUCUUGUCUUGUGCUGUUGUUGUCACUAUACCUGCACAGCUGCACUGGCAAAGACUGUUCGAGUCUAUAUUGUAAUUCCAACCUAUUUUUGAUCAUUUUGUCAAAGCCAUUGAGUGCCAGCAGUUUUCCCUUCACAAGUAAAAUCUUCUGGCAUUAGAGUAAAUUAGCUAACAAAGUAAAGUGAAUUAGGAUGCAUGCUACUGCAGUUAAAUGGCGAAGUAAGCAAGAGUUUAAUUCUACCCCUUCUUUAUCACCAGGCAUUGAAAGGGUAUUACAAAGGUGGCUUUGAACCAAAAAUGACAAAACGAGAAGCAUCCCUGAUUCUGGGU